ACAAAGAUAGGAAAGAAGUCUGGUUGCUUUGUUUACAGUGAAGCCAGACUCUAAUAUAAAAUUUCUUAUCAGUCAGAACAUUCGCAUUUGUUCCAUCCUCUGACUACGGCAGACUAGUUCGUUACCCACGUAUGGAAAGAUGGAAUAACGAAAUAUAGAGGCUCCUGGUUGGUCAAGAAACGUACCAAUGAGUGUUAAUCAGUCAGAUUCAAGAAUGGCAUCCCCUACUCUUUCUCUGCCAGAUUCAACCGCUUGUAGUUCUGCAUCAGAUCACAGCCUGGAGGAAAGUGUCUCCACUAAGUGCCCUCUCUGUCAAGAUACUUACACCAUUCCCAAAGUGUUGCCUUGUCUUCAUACAUUCUGUCAACCUUGCCUUGAGAAAAUCCAGGAAUCUCCAGAUAAGAUUAAGUGUCCUCAGUGUCAUGAAGAGUUUUUACUGACCACUCAAGGUGUAGCAGGCCUUUUGUCUAAUUAUGCUGUGAGCAAUAUUCUCGAGACCAAUGCUAUGAAUGUAACAUCUCUUUGUUGUACUGGCUGUAAAACUAAAGAAAGCAAUGCAGUGGCACGUUGUUUUGACUGUGCCAACUUCUUGUGUUCAAACUGCGUGAUGGCACAUCAGUUUAUGCAUUGCUUUGGAGGACAUAGAGUUCUCACCUUGGGAGAACUGCAGAAUAAUAAGGAUGAUACCAAGACCGAGAAACCUAUCUUUUGCUCACGUCAUAAACAUAUAGCUGUGGAAUUUUUCUGCCAGACUUGUAGUGUCCUUAUUUGCAAAGACUGCAUUGUCAUGGAUCAUCCACAGGGGAUACAUAACUUCGAACACUUGACAGAGAUUGGACACAAACAAGUUGACUAUAUGAACUGUUUGGUUGAAGAUUCUAAGCUGAAAAAAACAGAUUUACGGAAUAUUUUGAAAACAAUUGAGCACUCUACUAGUAACGUUCAAGCCCAGUAUGAAAAAGCCAAGAAUGAAAUUAAGGAUACCUACCAGUUUUAUUGUGUUGUGUUAGAAGAAAGGAAGAGGGAGAUUCUGAAAGAGUUGGAUGAGAUCUUCAACUCCAAAGUGGUUUCUCUUUCGAUGCUUGGUCAGAAAGUUCAGGAGAACAUAGAGAAAACUCUUGAAAUGUGUGACUUUGUGGAAAAACUCAUGAAAUACUCUAGCAAUACAGAAAUUCUUGUAUUUAAGCAGUUGCUGACAUCCAAAUUUCAGAAUAUCCUUGGAUUUAACCCAGCAAUGGGGUUAAAUGUAUCUGAUCUUGAAUUUGUAUCAAAUUACCAGGCUAUCCAAGUUGGGGUGCGAAACAGUUUUGGAUAUCUUCGACAGAAUUCUGACAUUCUCUCAGAGGUCAAACCACAGCCUAUAGCAAGACCAAAUGGAGUAAUUGGAUCAGAACGAUCUUACAAAAAUGGCCACAUGUGCGAGUCGAACAUUAUUUCAAAGAGAUUUGGCUCUGUUAAUACUUUUAGUCCUUUUCUGGGAGAUCUCAAUUCUUAUGAGAAAUGGUCAAGUGCCCCUAGCGACAUUUUUCAAAAUGGUUCUGAUACCUUUUCCAUUUCAAGUGACCCCGUUUUUGACUUAUCAUCGAAAUUGGUUAAUUCAAAUAUCUUUCCUUUAAAAUCCCAAAUAAAGCGUCAGAAGAUGAUUUACCAUUGCAAGUUUGGGGAGUUUGGAGUAAUGGAGGGUCAGUUUACAGAACCAAGUGGUGUAGCUGUGAAUGCUCAGAGUGAUAUCAUAGUAGCCGACACCAAUAACCACAGGAUCCAGAUCUUUGACAAAGAAGGUCGGUUCAAGUUUCAGUUUGGAGAAUGUGGGAAACGAGAUGGGCAGUUGCUGUAUCCCAACAGAGUUGCAGUUGUAAAGGCCUCUGGGGAUAUAAUAGUUACCGAGAGAAGCCCAACACAUCAGAUCCAG